CAGGCAAUCUGGGCCUGGUGGUGGAGGCCCCUUUCGCAAAACAUCAGUCUGAGCUCAGGAGACAGAGGCACUGGGAGCGUCUUGACAGGCUGCGGCUCCGGCUGAGGCUCCCUCCAGCUGCCCCGGGUGUUUUUGUUAGGAUCACACGCUGCGCAGAAACUGCUUAGAAUAGAGCCAUGAUCUCAACCACGAAAUGUGAACUUAUAUUUUGGAGAAGCUAACGGUCCGGACUUCUUGGCUAACCUGAGCGUUGAACAAUGUCACGCCUUGGCGUCGCAGCUCCUCCUUGUCUAGGUGGUGAAAUGAGAACACUCACUCUCUUCUUCAGUCAACGAAUGUGAAGUUCUUUCAUCAAGUGCCAUCUCCUUUUGUCUCACAUGGAAUGUAUUUCUGUAUCUGUGGUUAAACUACAAUGACAUGUCUGUAGCUAUCAGGAAGAGAAGCUGGGAAGAACAUGUGACCCAAUGGAUGGGACAGCCUUUUAGUUCUGAUGAUCAUAACACAGCAUGUCAUCAUGGACUCGUAGCUGACAGCUUGCAGGCAAGUAUGGAAAAAGAUGCAACUCUAAAUGCGGACCGCAAAGAGAAGUGUGUUUCGCUACCGGACUGCUGCCAUGCAUCAGAGCUGAGAGAUUUUCCUGGGAGGCCAAUGGGUCACAUUUCCAAGGAGGUGGAUGAAAAUGACAGCCAGGAAGGCGAAGAUCAGUUUCUUUCUCUGGAAGCCAGCACGGAAACACUAGUGCACGUUUCUGAUGAGGGUACCGAUUCUGAUGUGUAUCCUACAGAUGAUAAACAGAUUUUAACUUCCCAAGGGCACGGGACCUCAGACCAACAUAGCGUCAAAGGAGCAGGCUCCUUCGUCAAGACGCUGCCCAUCACGGAAACAAACCAGGAUUCUUACAGCUCCUGGGGAGUGGCUGGUGGAGCUGAAUUAGCACUCGUAGAAGAAAGCGGGGAGAGGGAAGUUAUUGACAUGAUAAGUAAAAGCCUGGAGCUUUGUAAUGAUAUAAGCUUAAGUGAAAUAAAAGAUGCAUCCCAAAUACAUGUAUGUGAGUCGUUGCAUGUGAACGAUAUUGUGCCUGAGAAGCAAUUGCUUAAUUCUGCUGUAAUUGCUCAGCAACGGAGGAAACCCGACUUCCCUAAGGAGGAACAUGAAAGAAACACCUGCUGUGUAGGACAAGAUGAGGUUUUCGCUAGCCCUUGUGCAGACAGGGGACUGCCAUUAUCAAAAGCAGAUCCUGGGGGCUGCCUUCUGCAGCCUCCUUCCUGCACCGGUGGAAUGUCCGCUGAAAAUGGCCCGCAGAAGAGUGGUUUCUCAGAACAUCAAAACAAAAGUCUUCCAAAGGUCAGCGCUGGAGAUGGCAUGCGGUGUUUACACUUAAAGGAACCUCUGACCACCCAGGAACCCACAGAUAACCAAGUCAGACUUCGCAAGAGAAAGGAAAUAAAAGAAGAUCGAGACAGGGCGCGGCUUGACUCCAUGGUGCUGCUAAUUAUGAAACUGGACCAACUAGACCAGGACAUUGAGAACGCUCUCAGCACCAGCUCCUCUACAUCCAGUACACCAACCAACCUGCGGCGGCACGUCCCUGACCUGGAGUCCGGAUCUGAGAGCGGAGCAGAUACCAUUUCAGUAAAUCAGGCACCAAUACAUGUGUCUUCUAAUGCCGAGUCCAUUGACCUACCAUCUUCCACCCCAGUGACCAAUUCUGGAACCAAACCCAAGUCUACCACGACCUCCUCACCCCACCUCACCCCAGAAGGCUGGGAAUACAGCUCUCCGCAGCCUACAGUCGCCACCAACAGUCCAUCUACUUUCCAGACCUCCUACUGGUAUCCUUUGCAGCCCGCCGUCCUUAAAUCUACUUCCAACACAGUGCCCGUUCAUCCAUCCAAAGUGCAAAUCUCUCGACGUUACUUCUGCUUACAGUUUAGUAGCUCCCUAUCUUCUAGAGAAUAA